CUAAGCGAACCGCUUCGCUUUCCUCAGCUGGAAUGUCACGAUCGAUGGUUUUGGUUACUGGUAGUGGUUCAGAUUCAAGUGGUGGUAAUUCACAACCAUCAACACCUGAUAAUACACCUAAUUAUCGAAUUGGUAGCCGUUCACCGUUAAUGACUAAUCCAAAAAUGGUUAUCAAGCAUAUACCGCUUAGUAUUGCUGCAGAAAUUCCGACUACUGAAAGAAAUUUCACGAAUAAACGUACAGGUGGUUAUAACUCCCAUUAUUACAAGCAUUCUUAUCAGCUAGUUAAUUAG